UAAUAAUUAAAAUUCCUCUUUCUCUUUGCCUUUACAUGCACUGUUCUCUCUUCAUCUUCAUGUUUCCUUUUGGUUUUGUGAGAUCUGUUGUAUUCCACUCGAUGAGAUAGAAGACGAGAGAAGUUAGAGCUGGGGAGAACCCUAGCGAUCGGAAUCCGGCGGUGUCGAGCGCUUGAUUUUGGAGAUUCUUGGAGUAGUUCGUCUCGGUAUGGAGGGCAGCGAACAAGGAGGGGCCCUUUCUCCUUCGGUCGCUGUGGCGGCAGCGGUGGUCGGGGAGGAGAAGCCCGCCAGCGAGAUCAGUGGGAUGGCCGCGGAGCCGAUGAAGAAGAAGACGGGGAGACCGAGGAAGUACGGGCCGGACGGGAGCCUGCUUCGGCCGCUGAACCCGAUGCCGAUCUCGGCGUCAGUGCCGGCAGGCGUCAAGUACACGUCGGCGGCCGCGGUGGGGGCGACGUUGAAGCGGGGUAGAGGGCGGCCAGUGGGUUCGAUGGCCAAGACGCCACAGUUGGGAUUCGAUUUGGAGCAUUUAGGAGAGAUGGGAGCCUGCUCUGCCGGCGCAAAUUUCACACCUCAUGUCAUCACCGUUGCUUCUGGCGAGGAUGUUACCAUGAAGAUCAUAUCAUUUUCACAGCAAGGGCCUCGAGCAAUUUGUAUUUUAUCUGCUAAUGGUAUUAUCUCAAAUGUCGCACUUCGUCAACCAUAUUCAAGUGGUGGUACAUUAACUUAUGAGGGCCGGUUCGAACUGCUCUCCUUAUCUGGAUCUUUCAUGCCAACCGAAAAUGGUGGAACGAGAAGCCGAUCGGGUGGUCUAAGUGUUUCUUUGGCAAGUCCAGAUGGUCGAGUCGUCGGCGGAGGAGUUGCUGGUUUGCUGGUGGCUGCAAGUCCAGUGCAGGUUGUAGUGGGAAGUUUCUUGCCAAGUUACCAGAUGGAGCAGAAAAUUAAGAAGCCCAGACUGGAAGCUGGAUCAGCAUCGACACCACCGUCCGCCGCUCCCAGUUCCAGCGCAGACGCGGAGGAAGCUUUCGGAAGCGGGCAAGGGCAGCAGGAUCGGGCGGCAACCGGGAAACUGGAUCCUUCAACUAUGUCCCCUCUCGGGGAGGAAAGCUGGGCUGCUUCCUUACGGUCAGUGCCUGCAGACAUAAACAUGAGUUUGCCUGGAGGAUGAAGUCGCACCAGGGUCUCAUUUGUAUCACUGCUAAUCAUGCAUUUGCUUUCAUCAAUAAUAGACUUUAAAUGGUUUGA